AUGAAUAGCGACGAGAGAAGCUGCGACUCGGGUGCGCGGGAUUGGGCGUCGUCAGAGCCACUUCAAUCCCCUUACUCCAGCAAAACAUGUGCCCUAUUCUUUGGAGACGAAGGCCCAUUUUAUGUUCACAGGAAGCUACUUAAUGUGAGCCCCAAGCUCGUCCCCAAAAACGGCCGCCUCGAUUUUGAUAACAUCCCAAUCGAUGUUGGCCACAUUAUUGUUCAUUUUCUUCUCACCGAAAAAUACCAAUACCUUGGACUGAGGCGACAGACCAACGAUGAGGUCCUUGACGAAUUCAACACUACUAUCCUAGCUUGUAGCGCCGCCAAAAACCUCGAGUUACCCACCCUCUCCAUUCUGGCCAAAGAGCAUUUAGAAGUAAUCGGAAAUCAGCUGAAGCUGACCUCUAUCAUUCGAGCAAUCGAAGCUUCGAGGCCGUCACCCAUAAAUGUCCCGGAGGUGGCAGCGUAUCUCAAAUUACGCAUCGAGAGGCUCGUUAAGAGUUCUAGCAACGACACUAGCCGGAUCCUCUCAGAUGAGCUUGCUGAACCGACAUCUGCAAGCGAAGUUCUCCUCAUAUGCAUCCUUGAGCUGCAAGCCGCCCCGGGUAUGGUUGAAGUUGAAACUGCACAAGCUGAAGAUAUGGUGAUUAACGACAUCUGCGACACAGAAGCGGGAGAAUGUGAAGAGCCACCGGCCCAAACAUCAAUAACUGUCGAUUUUGCAGCUGCCGGUACCAAUACGGCAGCGGCUGAAGAGCCACGAGCCGAGAGGCCAGGCGUUGAAGCAGCUAUGCUAAUUGAAGCAGCGAUGCCAAUUGAAGAAGCAGUACCAAUCGAAGCUCCUAUACCAAUUGAAGGGCCGACACCAAGUCAAUUUCCAGUACCAAUUGAAAGCCCAGCACCAUACGAGCCAGUACCAAUUGACGAAAGGUCACCUGCUGAAUCACCACUGCCAGUUGACGAAGAAUAUAUGCGUCGAUUUUACCCUCAGAGUUCGCACAUCCCCGAUGCUUCUCCAUUGAAUCAUCAUCCAAGACCAUCGAUAAGGAACAAGAGGAAGGCCAAAAAGCCACGCGUGGUAAAGAUGCCUGAAAUCACUCCUGAUUCUCCUCCUUCCGAUGAGCCUCUCAUCUACUAUUGA